CGGUCAGGCUGAGUAGUUGAUGCUGGAUCUCGGAGCAGCAGCAGACUGCCAGUCCGUCGCUGCAGUCCGACAGAGCGGCCAGUCAUCAACAUCCUCUCAGCGUCCGCGGAGCUCCCAACGCUAUGUUGGCUCUGAGCUGACGGUUAACGGCUCAACCGGAGCAGGCUACGACGGUGUGGACAUACGUGGACAUGAGGACACCCGCCACAGCGACUUCUUCUUCCAAAACCGGGACCGGGAAUCCUGACUGGCAUCGAUUUUCACCGAGCAAAUGAGAAAAGAAUCGUCAUGACUGUUUUCCUGCUGACCAGUCACUCCUUCACUGAGGGACCUCGGCCCAUUUCGGUUUCUGGACUUAUCACUUCAGGGAUGAGAUAAUAAAGUCAACCAGCUUGUGCAUGCUGCUACAACAACACCUGUGGCACCUGUGAACCCACCCCACACCCUGCCCUCCCCCUAACCCCUCCCCGAGCUACGUUCAAGUCAACAGUCAAAACAUGACGACGCCGGCUCUGCUGCCGCUGUCAGGCCGCAGGAUACCCACUCUGUCGCCGGGCGCCUCCUCUUUCCCGCACCACAGGGCUACGUUGAGGCUCUCUGAGAAGUUCAUCCUCCUCCUCAUUCUCAGUGCCUUCAUCACUUUAUGCUUCGGGGCCUUCUUCUUCCUCCCGGACAAUUCCAAGCACAAGCGCUUUGACCUGGGCUUGGAGGAUGUGCUCAUCCCUCAUAUUGACUCACCCAAAGAGGGGAAGCACGCCUCUGGACAGGUGGUCAUACAUGGACAGGGAGGACAUGAUGAGCACAGACACAGGGAGGAGGAGGAGAGCCUGCGGGACAAGAUUCGGGCAGAUCAUGAGCGAGCGCUGCAGGAGGCCAAGGAGAAGCUGAGGAAGUCACGUGAGGAGCUGCAGGCUGAGAUUCAGACAGAGAAGAACAAAGUCAUGGAGGACCUGAAAAAGAAGGACCUGGGGCCUAAACCUUUGCCACCCGUCCCCAUGCCCAAAGUGGUGGGUGUCAGUGAUGGUGAGCCGCCGGAGCCUGAUGCCAAAGAGAAACGUGACAAGAUCAGAGAGAUGAUGAAGCAUGCAUGGGACAGCUACAGGCAGUACGGCUGGGGUCACAACGAGCUGAAGCCCCUCGCCAAGAAAGGACAUUCCACAAAUAUCUUUGGCAAUUCCCAACUAGGGGCGACCAUUGUGGAUGCCUUAGACACCCUCUACAUCAUGGGCCUGCACGAGGAGUUCAAGGACGGCCAGGAGUGGAUCGAACAGAAUCUGGAUUUUGGCGUGAAUGCCGAGGUGUCUGUGUUCGAGGUCAACAUUCGAUUCAUAGGAGGACUCCUGGCCGCCUACUACCUCUCUGGACAGGAAGUAUUUAAGAUGAAGGCGGUCCAGCUAGCAGAGAAGCUGCUUCCUGCCUUUAACACCCCCACAGGAAUCCCCUGGGCCAUGGUCAACCUUAAGAGCGGUGUUGGUCGUAACUGGGGUUGGGCGUCGGCAGGCAGCAGCAUCUUGGCUGAGUUUGGGACUCUUCACAUGGAGUUUGUCCACCUUACCUACCUGACAGGAAACCCUGCCUACUACCAGAAGGUGAUGCACAUCCGGAAGCUGCUAGCCAAAAUGGACAGACCCAACGGGCUGUACCCAAACUACCUGAACCCUCGCACGGGUCGCUGGGGCCAACAUCACACCUCAGUUGGAGGACUUGGGGACAGUUUUUACGAGUACCUGCUGAAGGCGUGGCUCAUGUCAGACAAGACCGACACAGAGGCCCGCAAGACUUAUGAUGACGCCAUUGAGGCCAUCGAGCGCCACCUGAUACGCAAAUCCAACGGCGGUCUGACUUUCAUUGGUGAGUGGAAGAAUGGCCACCUGGAGAGGAAGAUGGGCCACCUGGCCUGCUUCGCCGGCGGCAUGUUUGCGUUGGGAGCUGACGGCUCACCCGACGACAAGGCCGGACACUACUUGCAGCUUGGAGCUGAGAUCGCACACACCUGCCACGAGUCCUAUGACAGGACAGUGUUGAAGCUUGGCCCGGAAGCCUUUAAGUUCGACAGCGGCCUGGAGGCGGUGGCCGUACGGCAGAACGAGAAGUACUACAUCCUGCGGCCGGAGGUCAUCGAGACCUACUGGUACAUGUGGCGGUUCACCCACGAUCCCAAAUACCGGCAGUGGGGCUGGGAGGCAGCACAGGCCAUCGAUAAGUACUGCCGGGUGAGCGGAGGUUUCUCCGGGGUGAAGGACGUCUACUCCUCCAACCCGACCUACGACGACGUGCAGCAGAGCUUCUUCCUAGCCGAGACGCUCAAGUAUCUGUACCUGUUGUUCUCCAGCGACGACCUGAUGCCGUUUGAGAGUUGGGUCUUCAACACGGAGGCUCACCCACUUCCUGUCCUCCACCUGGGCAACAUUACCCUGCCAGGCAGCGAGCCGGCUCAGCGGUAGACGGACAGGGCCAUCUCCCUCCGCCGCAGCACCAGGGGGCUCCACCUGUACGCCCGCCUGCCUGCCCAAAAAAACCCACCCGCCAACACUGGACAAACUUUCAUUCAGCUCUACAGACUCUCCGCUGCUUUUGGACUGCAGACAUCAACGAGAGGAGACGGAGGGAGAACCUCCCACGCAGACUGCUGCAGCGUGUUGAGGACUUUGAGUCUCCCUCUCUUCUUCUAUGUUUUACUCUUUGACUCUCUCUGUCGAUCUCUCUGUCUUCUCUGCUUAAAUCAGAGAGACAGUGGGUGUGCUGCUCAGCCUCACGACUGGCUUGAAAUGACUCUGAAGGACCGAGCUCCAAAAAAGCGGAGGCUUGAUAUAGUUUUUUUAUUGUUAUUAUUUUUAGUGUUUAUUUGAGAUUUGACCAAACUUUACUCCCAUACAGACUCAAGCUGAGGCACUGAGAGUGCGUGACGGGGUUUCUGUGAAGGAUCACACAGUCAGUUUGACACUCGACUGAUGGAGGUGUCAUUUUUUUUUCCAGGCAGACAGACUUGAGGACUUUACUGGGUCUGUUGGUAAGACAUUUUUUUUUAUUUUGUUUCGUUUGGACAAAUCGUUAAUGGGGACACAGGGUUGAAUCAGAGCCCUUUGCUUCACCCUGACCCAACCCCUCCCCACACCACUUCCUGUUUAACCGUCAUCAGAUGAACUUUGACCUGGAACUGUUUGCAGCUCGUCACAUCAUCAGUGCGAGGGCGGGUUGUGGCAACAGUCCCCACCUCCUCCUCCUCCUCCUCCUCCUCCCCCCCCUCCUCUUAUCCUCCUUUUUCAGAAAAGUGGACCAUUGUAAGCGGAACAGUACCUACACGGGGACAACAGCAGGCCUCCCCAUCCUCACCACCCUCCAACCUCGACAUCUUUCCAGUUUCUCUCCCAGUUAGAGAUGAGCCACAGCCCAACACAUUCUGCUGCUACUCAUUUGGAUGCUGCUUUUUUCUCUCCUCCACCUUUUAUCGCUUAGUUUCUCUCCAGCUUCUUUUAUCUCUUCCCUUUUCUUUUCAUAGAUCAUUUUCAGGUCAUACAUUGUGAGAUGAGGCUAGGACCCGACAGUGCUUGUGUGUGAGUGUGUGUAUGAGUGUGUGGUGGUCAAAGAAACCUGCUGUAUAUCAUGUAUUUGUGCACUUUGUAUGGGAAGGCUAUGAAGAAGAGGGAAACAGGAGUGUAGCACUGAAUGAGCUGAAUAAAUGAAGUGUCCCUGCUGAGCUCUCAUGACACAAUUGCUCUGUUCGACCAGUAUCACCAGUUUGGACCACCUCAACUGUAAGUUGUAUAAACUUUUUGUGGUGUUGAAA